AUGGUGAGGGGCUUGGUGACUACAUCCUAUGAAGAACGAUUAAAGGAUCUGGUGAACUCGGUGCAACCCGGAGAGGGCUGCAGAGACAUCAAGCCUCCAACCGUUGUGCUUCCAUGUUCCUCAGCUGCCUCCAUCCUCAGCCUGAUCAGCGGCCCGGGCGGGGGGGGGGGCCGGGGGCUGAACGAGCCUUUUGCUCCCCAGGACGAAGUGGGGGCCCCCGGCGUGGUGGUCGGCGUGUCCGUGGACGGGAAGGACGUCUGGACGGAAGGUCUAGGUUAUGCUGACGUGGAGAAUCGUGUGCUCUGCUGUCCAGAGACCGUCCUACGAAUUGCCAGCAUUAGCAAAUCUCUGACAAUGGUUGCUGUUGCGAAGCUGUGGGAAGAAGGAAGGCUGGAUUUAGAUGCUCCUGUGCAGAAAUAUGUUCCAGAAUUUCCUGAAAAAGAGUAUGAAGGUGAAAAGGUCACUGUUACAACAAGGCUGCUUGUAUCACAUUUAAGCGGUAUUCGCCACUAUGAGAAGGAUAUUUCUAAAGUCAAAGAAGAAAAAGAAAAGGCUAACCGAAAAGCUGCAAAAAUAGCAGCUUCUGCUUCAAAAGAGAAAGAAGACAAAGGCACUGAAAAGAGUGACUUGAUUAAAGGCAAGCCAGAACAGGAAGGCAAAAAUUGCAAAAGUGGAAGGAAGAAAAGAGAGUUUGAACAUGAAGAAUAUUAUUUGAAGGACAAAUUUGAGCAUGUGAUUGACUCAUUGAAUAUAUUUAAAAAUGAUCCUUUAUUCUUUAAACCAGGUAGUCAGUUUUUGUAUUCGACUCAUGGAUUUACUCUCCUGAGCGCUGUUGUGGAGAGAGCUUCAGAUCAGAAAUUCACGGACUACAUGCUGAAAAUAUUUAGCGACUUGGGCAUGGUAUCCACAGGAUUGGAUGAUAAUGAACCGCUGAUAUACAACCGAGCAAGGUAUUACAUUCACAACAAAAAAGGGCAUCUCAUCAACGCCCCGUACGUGGAUAACUCUUACAAGUGGGCCGGUGGUGGUUUUGUGUCCACUGUGGGUGAUCUUCUUAAAUUUGGAAAUGCCAUGCUGUACAGUUAUCAGCUUGGGCAGGUGAAAAAAACGGCGGCUGGAACUCUUCCUGGUUAUCUCAAGCCUGACACAGUAGCAAUGUUGUGGACCACGGUCCCAGUCACAGGAGCCUCCCGGGACAAAGAUGGUACGUAUGGAAUGGCUUGGUUUGUUGCAGAGAAGAAGCAGGAGUAUGGCCACUGCAGAGAGCAGCGACACUAUGCCUUCCACACUGGUGGGGCAGUAGGAGCAAGUAGCGUCCUACUCAUCCUUCCCGAAGAACUGAACUCUGGGACUGCAAAUGGUACCUGUCUGGUACCACCCCGUGGCGUUGUCGUCACAAUUAUUUGUAACAUGCAGUCUGUUUUCCUUGACAGCCUUGCGUUAAAAAUUGCAGUGGAAUUUGAAAAGGACAAGUUAGCACAACACUCUGAUCAAAGCAGCUUAUAGGCCUCAUUAAGGUUGGGAAAGAAAUGUGGAAAGCUUGAGUGAUUACAAGUAUCUGUAGCCCAGGAGACGUCUCUUGCUUUUAAGCAGAUAGUGCUGCAUUAGGUCUGGUCAUUCAUGGGACAAGCCAUCCUGCAUUGAACGGGACAGGAAUGUACAGUUUUUGUGAUUCAAGUGGCCAAAAGCAUCAGAUGCUUCACCUCCUCUUCCUCUUCUGCAACUGAGACAACUUGUGAUGCACAGAACGGAUAUUUUGCUUGGAGGCCUACGUGGGAUACCCUUGCUCUCCUAGCUAGAUUUGUGGGGCAGAGAGUCUUCACUUUUACACUACAGCGAAGCGCGCCCUUGGGGGAUUGCAGUCGUGCUGCUGAGGAUCCCUCCUGACAGCCCUGCUCCAUCUCCAUGCAAGGGUGGCAAGUCCUGAUCCAGCGUGGAAGAAGUUUGCAGCCAGACCGUGAAUGAAACUGCUUCCCCUCAUGGCCGGGGUAGUGACCGAUGGGGGCCACUCUAGCAAUAUUGAUAGUGGAUGCAGAAAAUCACACUGCCAAUACCAUGGAAUUGGCUGUCCAAGAUAACUUUAAACAUCAUACCAGGUGCUAGCAUUAGAAUUGUGUUUGGUGGGUUACUGCUGGUAAUAGCUUGGAGGCCAAACACAAUUUCCCUAGCUUCAGGGGUCAUCAGGCAUUUCUUGAAUAGGCUCCAGUUUUUGUCUGCUGGUCAGGCUGGCAGUUUUCAGUUGUUUUCAGAAUUUGGCUAAAAGCCAUGGCUGGAUAACUUGUUGCCAAUGUGGGUAGCAGAUUGUCAUUGCUCUCUGUUACCAGGAUCCCAUGUGAUCAUCUCCUAAUAUUUGAUACCAUUUUCUCAAAAACAGAAAAUGAAAACUAGUGUCUUAAAGCUUUCAGAGAUGUUUACAAAGUUUGUCAAAGGCUGCAAUUUUAUGUGUGUUUUUCAGAGUUUGUUCUGUAAGUAAAUAGGCACUUUUGAGCAGACAUGUGUAAAUGCUGGCAAAAGACCCUUUAUCUGGGGCCUUUUUUUAAACCAAACUCUCCCUGCACUUUCAAAUUCAUAUUCAAGCUGGACCUAGAAACUUCUCUCACAGGGGAUUCUCUUACAGAAACUGCGUAUCCCAGAAUUUCCCUGGAAGUUUAUUGCACGGUAUAGAUGCCCGCUAUACCGUUUCCAUUUUAUUAAGCCUGUCGGCAAUUUGCCUGGUAGGAUAACUCAGCUGCCUUUAUAUUGUUUUUGGAGUUGGAGUUAGGAAAACUAACUCACCGCAUUGCUGAUCCUGGCUAGUGAAUUUUUCUCUGUAGUUUUGUCUCAGCUUUUUAGCCAAGGUUGAGACCCUAACCCUCAGAUCUCCAGAGUUUCCAUGGCUUGCUUUGUUUGAGUUCUUAUAUUUCUCAAACAUCUUUUGUAUCUUUUGCCUCCUUGCAUUUUAUCCUGGGGCAAAAUGCGAGGAGGCAUUUUUUGUUGUCGGUGUGUGAUGGCCCAGAUAUAGUCAGAGCCAAGCUCGUUUCACCCAUUAAGAUAAAAAUGUGAAAUGAGAGAAAAAUGGGUGCAUGCUGUGGCCCCAUCUCGGUUGUCAAGGCAGUUUGCCUGGCACUGAAGAGGAACCCCUCUCCAAAUGUCCCUGUGACUGGCAAGUGAAGAGGGCAGCAGUGCCGUGGCUGGGGCAUCUGAACUGGGGUAGUAGCGCAUUUCCAUUUCUGGUUCUAGUGUGGCCUCCUUCACACCCAUUAAUUACAUUUGUACCAGCCAGCCAUGAUCAAACAUAGACAUUUUCUUAAAGAGCCAAUCCAGUCAGAGGUCCCUUAUAAAAUACUAUUUAUCUGAUUUUGUGAAGUGGAUGAUACUGCUCCCCCCCCCCUUCCAUAUUGGGUGCCUGAUAGAAACACGUUCUGUUCCAUCCUUGAAAUUUGGAAUGAUUUAUUAGUGUUAUUGGUUUAAGUGCCAAGUAAUCAUGUUAUCCUGUAUCUUGCUUUCAACGAGCCGAGCACAUCAAAGAAUGGCAGGCAAACCCUGUUUGACUUGGGUCCGCCAACUGCUUAUGCUGGUUCCUAAUCAUGUAAAAUUGUAUUUAGAUUUUUUUUUUAAGAACCUGACUAGCUUUUGUAUCCCUUAAUCAAUAAACACUUUAUAUUGUU